UGGUUUUUGGAAGUUUACUUUGUCGCUUUUAGGUUAUGUUUUUGUUAUUUAAAAUCACAUUACAGUUUUUCAGUGUUUUGUAUUUGAUAAAAUGAGGAACCAGUGAAUAUAAAUAUGCAUUGAAUAAUUUAGUACUUUAUAUCUUUAAUCAUUCAAAAUGUUGCUCUUUUGUCCUGAUUGUAACAAUGUAUUGAUCGUUGAAGAAAUCACUGAUCGUUAUAGAUUCAAGUGUAGAAUAUGUCCUUAUGUUUUUAACAUACGACAACGCAUUUCAACGCGAAACUACCCAAAAUUAAAGGAAAUCGAUGAUGUACUUGGAGGUGCAGCUGCAUGGGAAAAUGUCGAUUCAACUGAUGAAAAAUGUCCAGAGUGUGAACAUCCAAGAGCGUAUUUCAUGCAAAUUCAAACAAGGUCUGCUGACGAACCUAUGACAACCUUCUACAAAUGCUGUAAUCCACCAUGUGGCCAUAGAUGGAGAGAAUAAGCACAUGUACUCAUAAGUUAUUAUUAAAUUUAUAUUUCUAAUCAAU